CUGCUUGCACUACAAUUCAACGAACUACACCACGAACUACGACACAGAUACGACACAGCUACGGCUCUUGUAUAUUAGUAUUGUACUUAUUAACUCACGACUCAUACCUAAUUCACCUCCUGUGUUACGAUACCUUGACAACUCCAUCCAGGGUUGAGGAUACUUAAGACGACUCUCCGAGGUUUGAGGUUCAUUGGCUUGAUCUAUCGGAUUUGGUGGUGACUUAUACUACUACUACUACUGCUGCUGCUACUGCAUUACCUUUCAAGGUAUCAAUAAAGAACACCACAACAAGAGCUAAGCUAAGCUAAGCUACCUUGACCGAUCCAACCACAACAACCACCAAAAUGUCCUCUCCCUUCAUCAGCAAAGUCUCCAAACUCAACCUCAGCCCCGACUCCCGUAAAGGCACCCCCCCAAAACUCCGCCACCAGAAAUCCGGCACCACCGAGAAGACCGAGGACGAGGACCCCAGCCUCCCUACCACCCCGACCCCCAAAGGCAAGUCCGCCCCGCGCCAGCAGUCCGAGCAGCGCGACUCGCCCGUCCCCGCCCCCAAGGAGGCCGCCUUGCAGCCCUCCGCCUCGGCAUCCGGAUCCCGCGCGCAGAGUCGCGUGGGUGAGGCGGAGCCUGAGCAGGAGCCUGAGCCGGAAGCUGAGACCCAGGAGGAGGGACAGCAGGAGCAGCAGGGCGAGCAAGAGGAAGGAGGAGCAGAAGUAGAAGAAGAAGAAGAAGACGGACAGGACCAGGAGCAGCCUACCCCGAGUCUGAACGGGGGCCCGACCGAGUCCCACCCCGAGCGUCUUGAUCUCUCCAUCCUCAAGGGAUUGGAGGUCGGGGAGGACGGGUUGAUCCACGACCAGGAUGGCAAUGCCGUGGGUCGGUUGGUCGAGGGCAAGCCGGAGGAUUUGAAGAAGAAGGUCAGCAUGAGCAGACUAAUGGUAUCAUCGAUCAGGCGGCCGAUACUGUCGACCAGGCCGCUGAUACUGCGACUGCUGCCACCGUGGGUAAGCUCGUGGAGGGCGAGCCCGCGGAGCUGGCUGGUAAGGUCCCCAACGAGCAGGGCGAGAUCCUCGGGGACGACGGGGAUGUCCUCGGUCGCGUGGAUGCCGACGAGGCCGCCGAAAAGUCGGAAGUUCAGGGCUCUCAGGCGCCAGGAACCGAAGCCGCUGGCACUGAGGCCGACGAGGCCGCCGAAAACCCCCGAGGAAGCCCCCGAAGAAGGCAAGGAGGAGAAGGAGCUCCCCCCUCUGUCCAUCCUGGAAGGUCUGCGGUGCAACAAGCUGGGCAAGAUCAUCGACCCCGCCACCGGCAAGCCCGUUGGGGAAUUGAUCGAGGGCGACGCGAAGAAGCUGGCCUCUCUCGGUGUUACCCUGGACGACCAGGGCCAGUUCUGGGAUAAUCGCGGCAACGUCAUCGGCAGAGCCCAGACUUUGGCUCCGGAAGAGUACCCCGAUGAGCCUCCGUUCGGCGGCUUGGAGGGCCUGCACGUCGUCGAGGACGGCUGGGUGGAGGACCAGAACGGCAAGCGUGUCGGUAAGAUCGUCGAAGGCGACGCGAAGAAGGUCCUGGGUCGCCCCGUGGACGAGGACGGUGAUGUGACCGACAAGCACGGCAACGUGAUCGCCAAGGCCGAGUACUACGAAGCGCCCGAGGAGGAGCCCGAGGCUGAGCCCGAGGCAAUCGACCUCUCCAGCCUGGAGGGCCUCACCCCCAACAAGCUCGGAUACGUGAUCGGACCCAAGGGUGGUGUCCCUAUCGGUCGCGUUGUCGAGGGUAACCCGAAGGAGUUGGCUGGAAAGGAGAUCCACGACGGCCUCAUCUACGACGGUCCCAAGCCCAUUGGCCGUGUCGAGCUCAUUCCCGAGAACGAGCGCGAGAAGAAGCCUGAGGGGCCGUUUGCCGGUCUGGAAGGUCUUGUGGUCAACAAGGAUGGAUUUGUUGAAGACGAAGAGGGUAACAUUGUCGGCAAGGUCACCGAGGGAGAUAUCAAGAACCUCCGCGGACGCACGGUCGAUGAAGAUGGAGACAUCGUCGACAAGUUCGGCAGUGUCAAGGGCCACGCCGAGCCCUACGAAGUGCCGGAGGAGGAGAAGCCCGAGGAGGUGGAUCUUUCCAUCCUCGAGGGCAAGAUUGUCAACAAGGCUGGCAACGUCGUCGACGGGUCGGGCAAGGUCUACGGCCGUGUCGUCUCGGGCGGCAAGGGACUGGCUGGACGAAAAGUCGACAAGAAGGGUCAGAUCUGGGGUGACAAUGGCCAGGUCAUUGGCCAGGCUGAACUCGUCCCUGGCGCCGAGGAGCAGAAAGCCGAGGGCCCGUUCUUCGGAUUUGAGAACGCUGUCGUCGGCAAGGACGGCGUGGUGACCGAUGGCACUGACCGCAUCAUCGGUCGUGUGAUCGAGGGCGAUGCUAAGAAGCUGCAGGGCCGCAAGGUGGACGAGGAUGGCGACAUCCUCGACAAGAACGGCAACCCUAUCGGCAAGGCUGAGCGCUGGGAGCCCGAGGAGAAGAAGCGCAACAUCAACCCCAUGGCCGGCCGCAAGGUCAACAAGGAGGGUGAAGUGCGCGAUGCGGAUGGCAACCUCAUCGGCAAAUUGACCUCGGGUGAUCUCCCCUCGUUGAUCGGCAAGGAGAUCGAUGACAACGGAUAUGUUGUGGACAACGAUGGCAACAAGAUCGGUGAAUGCACCCUGAUUGAGAACAUUCCCGAGCCUGAGCCUGAGCCUGAAGCGGAGCCCGAGCCCGAGCCCGAACCCGAGGAGCCUGGUCCCUCUCAGGAGGAGUUGGAUGCGAAGAAGAAAGAGGAGGAAGACCGACAGUUGGCUAAGAAGAUGAGCGCAAUUGUCGGAUCCACCUUGGACCGCCUGCGUCCCAUCUGUAAGAUGAUCUCUGAGCACGUUGACAGGGCCGACCGCACCCCGAAGGAGGAAUUAGACGAGGAGCAGCUGGUCAAGGAUGUGAAGCCCCUUCUCGAAGAAGGUGGUCACAUCCUCCAGGAAUGCAACGGGGCCAUCCGGGCCCUCGACCCCGACGGACACAUCGCGGCCGCUGCGAAGGCGCGCGCCGCCUCACAUGAGGCUUCUCCCGAAGAAUACGCACUGGCGGACCAGCUCAAGGAGCUCACUGAGACGGUGCUGCGCACCAUCGAGAAUGGCAAGAAGCGCAUUGCCGGCAUGCCUCACGCCAAGAAGGAGCUCAACCCGCUGUGGGGUCUGCUCAGCGAGCCUCUCUUCCAGAUCAUCGCCGCUGUCGGCCUGCUGCUGAGCGGUGUGCUUGGCUUGGUCGGUCGCCUGCUCGACGGUCUGGGACUGGGUGGCUUGGUGAGAGGCCUGCUUGGUGGGCUGGGCCUCGACAAGCUGCUUGGCAACCUGGGCUUGACCUCGCUGACCGAUGCCCUGGGCCUGACUGGCCGCAAGAAGAAAUAAAGGAUGAGUGCGAACCUUGGUGUCUUGUCUGGAUCUUAUAUCUUGUCUAUCGAUUAGUCUGUAUUUGUGAUGGCGAGCCUGAUACCUGUAUGUUAAUGUGAUGUCUGCAAUUUGAUGUAUUGAUGUUUAUUGCAAUUGGUGGAUGCUGUGCAAGCGCCGCGUAAUCAGGUUGUGUCCUGGAAAAGAUCGGCACCUUCAAUAUAGCGAGGGACACGCUGGAUGAAGAGGAGUAUUGCAGUUUGCCUUCAUCUUAUCGCAUACGAAUGAUUUGUCUCUGAUUAGGAGAAUCGUGUCUGUGGGCAAUUGUGAGUUGAUCGACAGAUUAUUGAUUUUCGAGUCAUGGUUACCAACAAACCAGCGCCCAAGCAUGAAUACAAGCACCAAAUGCGUCUAUUGCAUCCAUCUAGUCCCAAGAAAUCCCAAU